AAGUUGACAACUGAAUUGUGACGUUGUUUAUUUAUCGUGAUUUAUUCAACUUGGGCUACCAAAGGUUUUAUUUUAUUAUUAAGGUAUCGGACGCAGUGUAAAAUAUAAGCCAUUAGCAGUGAAAGUACUACCUUCAGACCAUUAUGAUACUAAGUUAUUGUUAACUAGGUGUUUAAUUAAUCAAACACACAGGAAGAAACACAUGAUGGGUAACGAGACUUCGCAUCUAAAAAGCUUGGAAAUAGAAGAGAAGGCAACAGAGAUAACGGACUUUUGGGCUCAUCAUCAAGCUACUAUAAGUGAUAGUUGUCAGUAUUUUAGUUUAAAAAGUGACGGUUCCGUGACUGUAUUUAAAGGAGAGACAAUAUUAGGUCCUUUAUGGACGGCUUCAACGCCUUUGGAAAAGUUUUCCAAUAAUCUUUUAAAAUAUCGGCAUCCAUGUAUUGUGAGGUAUAUAUCUGCCUGGCGGCAGAGAUCCACAUUUCACUUGGCAACCGAAUAUGUUCAGCCACUAGCACAUGUUUUAAAUUCUCAGACACCACUUCAAAUUUGCAUUGGACUGAAUAACAUUCUACAAGCCCUGGUUUUUUUGCAUGAACAGGCUUGUAUGUCACACAACAAUAUUAGUAUGUCAUCAAUUUAUAUCUCAGGUGAUGGACAAUGGAAACUAGCUGGCUUACAGUAUUUAUGUCCAUUUAAUGAAUUGAAUGCAGCCUAUCUAAAACAUUCAAGGAUACACAGAUAUGAUAAAGCAGUUGAUCCUAAUGAAGAUUCAUAUGAGAUAAUUUCUAAAGUUGAUCAAUAUGCUUUUGCAGUUUUGGUUGAAGAUGUUUUUAAUGGUCACAAUGAUGAUGAAGUUCCACAUUUGAAGGAAUUCAAAAAAUACUGCAGAAACUAUCUUCAGAAUACAAAUCCUGAAAGAAGGCCCAAUUUAUCAGAAGUACUUAAAGAUAACUUUUUUAAUCAUGAAUUUAUAUCUAUUUACAAAUUUCUUAACGUUUUACCUUUAAAAACUGAUGAAGAAAAAAGUGAAUUCUUCUCCAACAUUCUAAGUAAUAUUAAAUGCUAUGAUGAGGUUACUGUUGCUAAACAACUUGGAGGAUUAUUACUUUCAAGGCAUACUCUUUUAGAUCAGACAGCCCGUAGAGAUGUGCUGCCAUUUCUUUUGAAGCCCAAAAAUGAUAGAUUAAAUGGGGAAUGUAUGGGAUUAUUUACCCUAAGUGUAUUCAAAGAACAUGUUAAACCUAGACUUCUGCAACUAUUUGGGGUCAGAGAUAGCCAGAUACGAACGUUAUUGUUGUCACAUUUCACUAAGUUUGUUCAUGUGUUUACUCAUGAAGAACUUUCCCAACAUAUUCUACCAGAGUUACUAGUGGGCAUAAAAGAUACGGAUGACAAUUUAGUUGCCACAACUUUAAUUUGUCUAAGUGAACUAGUUCCUAUUUUAGGAGCUGAUACAGUUGUGGGUGGUAAAAGAACUAAACUUUUUACAGAUGGUAGACCUAAAUCUAGAACCACUACAUCAAAAUCUGAUUGUGAUGUAUUCAUAGCAAAUAAAGCUCUAACUGAUUUCCACUGCUCUGAAAGAGUAUAUCCAGUUAACACAAGCACCUUUGAAGAAAAUAUAUCAUUGAACGAAAGACCUUCACCAGUUGGGGGUGAAUCUAAUGAUGAUGUAAUGUUGGAUACCAGAAUUGAAAUCAACAGACCCACUAAAGUAAGCUCUGAAGAUGAAUGGGAUGAUUGGGAAAAUAGUAACCAGCAAUUAGUUACUGUAAGUUUGGAGCAAUCCAAUAAUUUCAUUAUAGAAGACAAGAUUGGAGUUGCAAACUUAGAAGAAUUUGUGGACAAUAAUGAUGAUGAUACAAUACAUACAAUUAAAACUAGUAAUGGUAAAGCAUCAACUCAUUCAACGUUGUUGCAUAAAGCUGCCCUUGAAGCCAAAAAGAAUAUUGUUGAUAUAUCCGAAUUGGAUAUAAAAAAUCUGAAAGUUGAUUUAACAAAAAAUGAUGAAAUUGACUUUUUUGCAGAUAUGAUGCCAGUUAUUGAAAAACAAAGAGUAGUUGCCAUUAAUGAUAACACCACAGAUUUCAUUCAUAAAUUAAACUUUGUACCCGAUGAAGGGGGAGAUGAAAGUGAAGACUGGGGUGAAAAUUGGAAUGAAUAAAAUUCAUAAAUGUUACUUUAUAGUUUUGUUUGAGAGUUCAGUAGUUGUAAAUUUACAUUUGUCUUUAACUAAUCAUAUUUGUAUAAUUGUAAAUAUAAAGAUUAAAUUAAGAAAGUAAUUUAAAUGUGAGAAUAAUAUAUGGAUGUACAAGGAAGAAUGUUUUGGUACCAAAGUUUUUUAAUUGUUGAAAAUUUUGGAAUAUGUAUAGAACAUCAUUUAAAGUUUAGAAACCUAAUUUAUUAUAAGUUUGGUAUAUACACGAAACUUGUAAGUUUCAAAGUGCAUGAUUCAUGUUUAUCACAUAAACUCUUUUCUAUAACACAAUAAAUGGCUUAGCCCAAUAAAUGUGACAUUGUAUGUCUUUAAA